GGAGAUACCUGCUGCUGUGGAACAUGGCUCCAGCUGGGAGGAACGUCUAUGUGGUGGGGGUUGGGAUGACCAAGUUUAUGAAGCCUCGUGAUGAGCUGGAUUAUCCUGAUAUGGCCAAGGAAGCAGGACAGCAAGCUCUGGCUGAUGCAGGAAUUCCAUAUUCAUCUGUGGAGCAAGCAUGUGUUGGUUAUGUUUAUGGUGAUUCAACAUGUGGGCAACGGGCAAUCUAUCAUAGUCUGGGACUCACAGGGAUCCCUAUCAUCAAUGUCAACAACAACUGCUCCACUGGGUCUACAGCUCUUUUCAUGGCUAGGCAGUUGGUGCAGGGAGGGCUGGCAGAUUGUGUCCUUGCUCUUGGAUUUGAGAAGAUGGAACGAGGCUCUCUGCAAUCAAAGUUUACAGACCGGGUCAACCCUAUGGACAAGCAUGUUGAGGUGCUGAUAAACAAGUAUGGACUGGCGGCAGCUCCUAUGGCCCCUCAGAUGUUUGGAGGAGCAGGGCUAGAACACAUGGAGAAGUAUGGUACAAAAAAAGAACAUUUUGCCAAGAUUGCUUGGAAGAAUCACAAGCAUUCUGUAAACAACCCGCUGUCACAGUUCCGGGAUGAAUACAGCUUAGAUGAAGUGAUGAAGUCAAGGAAAAUUUAUGAGUUCCUAACCAUCCUUCAGUGCUGCCCAACUUCAGAUGGAGCAGCUGCAGCUGUGAUUGUAAGUGAGGACUUUGUACACAGACAUGGGCUAGAAGGCAAAGCAGUUCAAAUCCUUGCACAAGAGAUGGUGACGGACACUGUCAGUACAUUUCAGGAGAACAGCUGUAUUAAGAUGGUUGGAUACGACAUGACCAAGGCUGCUGCUGAAAAAUGCUAUGCAAAAGCUGGUGUGAAGCCAGAAGACGUCGAUGUGAUUGAACUGCAUGACUGCUUCUCUGCUAAUGAGCUUAUCACAUAUGAGGCAUUGAGUCUUUGCCCCCCAGGAGGAGCUGGAGAUCUCAUUGACAGAGGAGAUAAUACCUAUGGAGGCCGCUGGGUUAUCAACCCCAGUGGUGGCUUGAUAUCUAAAGGGCACCCACUGGGAGCAACAGGUCUAGCUCAGUGUGCAGAACUCUGCUGGCAGCUCAGAGGUCAGGCAGGCCGAAGACAGGUUCCGGGGGCCAACAUUGCACUGCAGCACAAUAUUGGCCUUGGGGGAGCAGUAGUAGUCUCUAUAUAUAAGAUGGGCUUUCCAGAUUCUGCAAACAAAUCUUCUGGGAUUCGCAUGGUUGCAACUAGUGCUUCAGAUGGAUUCAAAGCGCAAUUUGUGUUCAAAGAGAUUGAGCAGAAGCUUGCAGAGGGAGGGGAACAACUUGUUAAAAAGAUUGGAGGGAUCUUUGCUUUCAAAGUAAAAGAUGGUCCUGGUGGAAAGGAAGCAACCUGGGUAGUUGAUGUUAAAAAUGGAAAAGGGAGUGUUGAUGUCAACUCUGAUAAGAAGGCAGAUUGUACCAUCACCAUGGCAGAUGCAGACUUGCUGGCACUGAUGACUGGGAAAAUGAACCCUCAGACAGCCUUCUUUCAGGGCAAGCUGAAGAUAGCUGGAAACAUGGGAAUGGCCAUGAAGUUGCAGAGCUUGCAGUUGCAACCAGUGAAAGCCAAGCUGUAAAUCAUCCCACAGAAGUGAGCAGUAUAGAGCUUCGAAGUCAUUCCCUCCAACUUCAUUCUGGCAAUGACUUCUUGUGAAUCAAUGGCAUCUGGUGUUUUUACCAGCACCGAAAAAUGUUUUCUACAACCCUUUCAUUAUAGGACAGGCUGUUUUUAUUUCUGCCUUUGCAUAUGAAGUGUGCCCUAAAAUUCUUGUUUGAACAUGUAUAUCCCAUUGGGCACCUUUGUGUCCCUGAAUUUGUACACAUGUCGGCUUUGGCCGUGUAUAUUGGCACACAGUCUGUCUUCCAAUGAAAAGGUUUGGUGAACUCUUACGGAAAGGCUUCUUAAGGAAAGUGUUCCUUCCUUUUUUUCUAAUCGACUCACCAAUUGUCAUACAAAUAGAUGGAGUUACAGUGAUUGGACUAAUUUUGCAUCCAGUGGCUAGAAAUGAGACCUGUAAAGCCAGAACUACUUGUGGCACUACCUGAAUACUUGCCCUGGGCCUGUUGUACUGACUUACUUUUAUUCAACCCCUAGAGUUUUUGUUUUUUUUUGGCACUGAUAGCAUACAGGUUUCAUGGUGACAAUACAGUUAUUAAGCUUAUUAACAUUUAAUAAAACACAACUAAUUUCA